ACGGUGAUGAGAGCCCAGUGCACUGUAACUGAAGCUUGCUCCCCAAUCCUAAUCUCUUCGAGCAACACCUAAUCGAUCUGCGAACAAAGCGGAUAAAUUCGGUAAACCCUAAAAAAGAAAUCUUUCCCCUUAAAAAAAUGGGAACCCUCCCGAGCUCUUCUUUCGUCAAUCUCAACUUCAGAUUCCGGCUGCUCUCCUCCGGCGGAAUAUCCGGCGGCCGGAGCUCGAUCUCGCUCCGCAGAGCCUCGGGAAACCUUUGCUUCCUCUGCAAGCAAAGGCCUGAAGUAUGGAGAACGAGGAGGCGAUUUAGUACUUCCAGGUGCUACUCGAUCGGCGGCGGAGAUGGCGACGACGAGAAGAGCUCGAGCUCGAGCUCCGCAAAUGUCUCAACAGAUGAAGCGGAGCGUUCGGAGCGGUCACAGACGUCCGUUUCUUCUUCUAGGCCAUCUCGCAUGCCUUCAGAUGGACCUGUUUACAGCAGCUUUCAGGUCGACUCAAUUAAACUGAUGGAACUUCUUGGACCUGAGAAGGUAGAUCCAUCUGAUGUGAAGCUCAUCAAAGAUAAGCUGUUUGGGUAUUCAACUUUUUGGGUAACCAAAGAGGAGCCAUUUGGUGAUCUUGGAGAAGGUGUUCUUUUUCUGGGAAACCUGCGGGGAAAGAGGGAAGAGGUUUUUGCAAAACUCCAGCAUCAGCUGCAUGAAGUUACCGGUGACAAGUACAAUUUAUUUAUGGUAGAGGAGCCCAAUUCAGAAGGUCCAGAUCCACGUGGUGGACCACGUGUAAGUUUUGGUCUUCUACGAAAAGAAGUUUCUGAGCCAGGACCGACUACUCUCUGGCAAUAUGUGAUCUCUCUCCUUCUCUUUGUGUUUACUGUAGGCUCCUGUGUAGAGCUUGGAAUUGCAUCUCAGAUAACUAGUCUGCCUCCGGAGGUAGUGAAGUACUUCACAGAUCCAAAUGCUGUAGAACCACCUGAUAUGCAACUUCUUCUCCCUUUUGUGGAAUCCGCUCUGCCACUUGCAUAUGGUGUUCUGGGUGUUCAAUUAUUUCAUGAGGUUGGGCAUUAUUUGGCAGCAUUUCCCAAGAAAGUGAAACUGGGGCUUCCUUUCUUCAUUCCAAACAUCACUCUUGGCAGUUUUGGUGCAAUCACUCAGUUCAAAUCUAUUCUUCCUGAUCGAAAGACCAUGGUUGAUAUCUCAUUGGCGGGUCCUUUGGCUGGUGCUGUACUCUCAUUUUCAAUGUUUUGUGUUGGCUUGGCACUCUCAUCAAACCCAGCUGGCUUAGGAGAUCUUGUGCAGGUUCCUUGCACGUUAUUCCAGGGUUCAUUACUUCUUGGACUCGUUAGCAGAGGAGUUCUUGGCUAUACAGCUAUGCAUGCUGCUAAUGUUUCAAUUCAUCCACUUGUGAUAGCAGGCUGGUGUGGGUUGACAACAACGGCCUUUAAUAUGCUUCCUGUUGGAUGCCUUGAUGGUGGACGGGCAAUACAGGGUGCUUACGGGAAAAAUGCCUUGUUUGGUUUUGGCUUGACUACAUACGCGAUGCUGGGACUGGGAGUGCUGGGUGGACCACUAUCACUUCCUUGGGGUCUGUAUGUUCUCAUAUGUCAGAGGGCACCAGAGAAGCCAUGCUUGAAUGAUGUAUCCGAGGUUGGAACUUGGAGGAGAACAGCCCUAACAAUAGCAGUUUUUCUAGUAAUAAUGAUUCUCCUUCCAUUGUGGGAUGAGCUUGCAGAGGAGCUUGGUAUAGGGCUAGUAACUUCACUCUGAAACAGAUAUCCCAGUGAAGCGAAGGGCCUUGGAUAUCCAUAGAAAGAUAAUUUGAUCUUCUACAAACAUCAAUUUUUGCCAAGUGAGCUUUGUUGUUUCGAAGCGUGAUGUUAAUUUCAUCAGAGAUGAAAGGCAACCGUCUGAAAAGCGACUGAUUACUACAAAUGGAAGAUGCAGCCAAAAGGAGCCCAUUCAAUUGAGUGAUACGGAAAAUUAAAAAUUGAUUAUAAAUCAUUCUAGAUAUAAAUAGACAGCAUGACAUUUUACUGAUAACAUAAUUAUUGUGGUUCUGUCUUAUGAAUUUCAAU